GGGGCUGCCUGGGCCCUUUCCGACGCCCGGCUCCCGGCUGACGGCACGCCCGGGUCUCGGCCUUCCUCGGGCACCUUCUCCGUCCUCACGGCGGACGACCGCGGGCCGGGGCCGAAGGCGGUGGCGGCGUGGUCGCCGUCCCCGCCGGUGAGCUGCAGCAAUUCCACCAGGUCGCUGCUGUCGCCCCUCCACCACCAGAGCUUCCGGGUUGACGACGCCGACGCCGACGGGGAGGACGAAGGGGAAGUGUCCGAGGAUGCGCACGACUCGGCGGCCCCGGGGCCGAGCCCGGGAGGAGUGCAGCCGCAGGCGUGCGCCAGUAGUGUGGUUGAGUCCAAAGAUAACCAAGAAGAACAGAAACAGGUGCGCUUACCAGAGAGCAGCCUGACACCAUGGGAAGUGUGGUUUGUUGGCAAAGAAAAAGAAGAACGUGACCGUCUGCAGCACAAAGCUCUAGAGGAAUUAAAUCAGGAGCUAGAAAAAAGAAAAGAAAAGGAAGAACGUGAAAAAAGAAAGAUAAUUGCUGAAGAAAAGCACAAGGAAUGGGUUCAGAAAAAGAAUGAACAGAAAAGAAAAGAAAGGGAACAAAAAAUUAAUAAAGAAAUGGAGGAAAAAGCAGCAAAGGAACUGGAGAAAGAACAUUUACAAGAAAAAGCAAAAGAAAAAUAUCAAGAAUGGCUAAAGAAGAAAAAUGCUGAAGAAUGUGAGAAGAAGAAGAAAGAAAAGGAAAAAGAAAAACAACGUCAAGCUGAAUUACAGGAAAAAAAAGAAAUAGCAGAAAAAAAGUUUAAGGAAUGGUUGGAAAAUGCAAAAAAUAAACCUCGUCCAGCUGCAAAAAGCUACGGUUAUGCCAAUGGAAAACUUACAGGUUUUUACAGUGGAAAUUCUUAUCCAGAGCCAGCCUUUUAUAAUCCAAUUCCCUGGAAACCAAUUCAUAUGCCUCCUCCCAAAGAAGCUAAGGAUCUACCAGGAAAGAAGACUAAACGGCCUGUGAUAAGUCAGCCACACAGGUCUUCAUCUCUGGUAAUCCAUAAAGCCAGAAGCAACCUUUGCCUUGGAACUCUGUGCAGAAUACAAAGAUAGUAGACGUGGGAAAUUGCAUGCUUUUACCUAUAGAUAUUUAACUUUAAAAUCAGAAAUUGUUUUUUUACUGCUCAGUCGGUAGCUCAGCAUUUGAUGUGAUUAUUGACAAGUUCAAAUUUUUGCAUUUAUAUAUGGAGAACUUAGAGUUUAUUAAGGAAGAUAUUUUAUACAUUUUCACUUUUUAAAUGCUUCAAGUUUGAUCUUGGCAUAUUGUUUUGAAGGAUAAGUGACUGAAUAUCUAACAAUUGUGUUUGUGUUUAGCUUGUAUUAAAACCACUGUGAUACCAAUAAAACCAACAAUUUUUCCUGUG